UUUCCUGGCUGCAAGGUUUUAUGCAACAUCUUGGAGCAGUGGAAGAUGCACUCCCAGCUCAUCAUGACCCAGAUCCAGAAAAAUCCAUAAAGUACAUCAAGUUCAGUUUCCUGUUAAUCAUAGACACGGGGUGCAGCAGGAGUAGAUGUCUUCGGACUCCAGCCAAUGUAUUCAUCAUCAACUUAGCUAUUAGUGACUUCCUCAUGGCCACCACACAGUCUCCAGUGUUCUUCUACAGCAGUCUCAAGAAACGCUGGAUUUUUGGAGAGAAAGGUUGUGAGCUGUAUGCUUUCUGUGGUGCUCUCUUUGGCAUUACAUCCAUGAUCACAUUGAUGGUGAUUGCCCUGGAAAGAUAUUUUGUGAUCACAAGACCACUGGCUUCCAUUGGGGUGGUGUCCAGGAAGAAGGCUCUGAUAAUCCUGGUAGGAGUCUGGCUGUAUUCUUUGGCUUGGAGCCUCCCACCCUUCUUUGGAUGGAGUAAAUGGAAGGGAAUAAUGACCAGUUGUAGAGGUGAGUUCCUGACCUUUACCACUUCAGUCCGUGCCUACACAAUGCUCCUGUUCUGCUUUGUCUUCUUUAUUUCUCUGACUGCUAUCAUAUGCAGCUAUAUCUUUAUUUUCAGGGCUGUCAGGAACGCCAACAAGUGAGUCACCAAUAUUCAAGGAAGUGAUAAUAAAGAAUCCCAGAGGCAAUAGCAGAGGAUGAAGAAUGAAUGGAAGAUGGCCAAAGUUGCCUUGAUUGUCAUCUUGCUUUACAUCAUUUCCUGGUCAACAUAUUCUGUUGUAGCUCUGGUAGCUUUUGCUGGAUAUUCCCAUGUCCUGACACCCUACAUGAACUCCAUACCAGCUGUGAUUGCCAAAGCUUCUGCCAUUCACAAUCCCAAUUAUGCCGUUACUCAUCCUAAAUUCAGAAUGGCCAUUGCAAAAUACAUUCCAUGCCUUGGAUCCAUCCUGAGAGUGUCUUGA